UGGAUCCCUUAACCUAGAGUUGCCGAGUUAUUCUAUGAUAAAAGAGUUUUUAGUUGGAAAACCUUUCCCAAGACAACAAUGAGUGACAACGACGAAAAAUCAACCAGGAAACGCAAUGCAGAUCCAGAUGAGAAUGAAGAAGAGGACAGCAAUGAUGGAUGGAUUGGACCAAUGCCAACCGAACAAUCGGCUGCUUCCAAGCCCAAAAAGAAGAAAGUUUUGCCCUACGAAAAGGUCUAUUUAGAAAAUUUACCAGAUGCUGAUUGCUAUGAAAAGAGUUAUAUGCAUCGGGAUGUCAUAACACAUUUGGUGGUCACCAAAACAGAUUUCCUUAUAACCGGCAGUUUAGAUGGUCACAUUAAAUUUUGGAAGAAAAUGGAAGAGGGUAUUGAGUUUGUGAAACAUUUUCGCAGUCAUUUGAUGCCCAUACAUUCGUUGACCACAAAUGCUGCCGGUACAUUGUUGUGCUCCGCCUCAGCUGAUAAAUGUGCCAAAAUAUUUGAUGUCAUUAAUUUCGAUAUGAUAAAUAUUAUUAAAUUGGGCUUUACACCGGGUACCACCUGUUGGAUCCAUUCACCAGGUGAUGCUGUUCAAAGUUUGGCUGUAUCGGAUAAAGAUUCUAAUAAAAUCCACAUUUAUGAUGGCCAAGGAAAUGGUGAAAUAUUACAUACCUUGGAUACUUUACAUUCAGCUCCGGUUUUGUCGAUAUGCUAUAAUGUGCCAAUGGACACUGCCAUUUCAGUAGAUCGUAAUGGUAUUCUGGAAUAUUGGCAAAAUUCUAAAUUUGAUUAUAAAUUUCCAAAACAUGUUAAUUUUGAUUCAAAAUUGGAUACUGAUCUUUUUGAAUUUGUUAAAUGCAAAACAAUUGUCACCGGCCUGGCUGUUUCGAAUGAUGGCAAACGAUUUGCUUCCAUUUCUACGGAUCGCAAGGUCAGGGUUUUUAAAUUUCAAACGGGAAAAUUGGUACGAGUUUUUGAUGAAGCAUUAGCCACCUACACUCAAAUGCAGCAGACACCACAUGCUUUGCCGAAUAUGGAAUUUGGUAGAAGAAUGGCAGCUGAACGUGAUCUGGAAAAGUCCGAUUUUAAUAUGAGCAAUAAUAUUAUAUUCGAUGUGACGGGCCACUUCUUAUUGUACCCCACAGUAAUUGGCAUAAAAGUUAUAAAUAUCGAAACAAAUCGUUGUGUCAACAUACUGGGUAAAACGGACAAUAUUAGACCUCUGCACAUAGCAUUGUUCCAGGGCAAGGGCAAGAAAAGUAAAGCGGCCAUAACAUUGGAACAGGAAGCUAGUGAAAAUCCUGCCUUACAAUCAACCACAAAUGAUCCUACAUUAUUUUGUACGGCCUACAAAAAACAACGUUUCUAUUUAUAUAGCAGACGUUUGCCAUCCGAUCUACAAGAUGUAGAUCGUGAUGUUUUCAAUGAGAAGCCAACGAAAGAAGAUAUCAUUGCCGUACCCGAAGGACAAGGCGUGCAAAGGAUGUAUGAGAAUGUCACAAUUCACACAACAAUGGGUGAUAUACACAUGAAAAUGUUCUACAAGGAAUGUCCCAAAACUGUGGAGAAUUUCUGUGUACAUGCCAAGAAUGGUUAUUAUAAUGGUCACAUAUUCCAUCGUGUCAUUAAGGGUUUCAUGAUCCAAACAGGUGAUCCCACAGGUACUGGUACCGGUGGUAAAUCAAUAUGGGGUAAUGAUUUCAAAGAUGAAUUUGUACCCACUUUGAAACAUGAUCGCCCCUAUACUGUUAGCAUGGCAAAUGCUGGACCCAAUACAAAUGGCAGUCAAUUCUUUAUAACCGUUUUGCCAACGCCCUGGCUCGACAAUAAACACACGGUCUUCGGUAGAGUUUAUAAAGGCAUGGAAGUCGUACAAAACAUUUGCAAUGCAAAAACAAAUCCCAAAACGGACAAACCCUAUGAUGAUAUUAAAAUUAUUUCAAUACAUUUAAGUAAUUAAGUAAAACAUUUUUUUAAGUAGAGAAAUCAAGAAGAAUAACAGGAAAAAUGUAAAACAUCAAAAUUUAAAAAGCAC